CGGCGGCAGUGCUGGAGGCGGCGGCGGCGGCGGCGGCGGCGAGCCUGGGAACGCGAGCGGGGAUGGUAGGUGAUUUGGACCCGCCGGGCCGCCGUCGUUUCCAGAAAGGGUUUGACUGGAGGAACCUCUGGAGCAGCUGUUGGCUGGCUCCUCUGGCUGAUGGCAUGUUGAAACACAUGGGCCAGAGGCAGCGAGGGCAUCUGAUCUCGGGGGGCCCACUCUAGGGGCCAGGCCGCAAGCAUCAUGGGCCAGUGUGUCACCAAGUGCAAGAAUCCCUCAUCAACCCUGGGCAGUAAGAAUGGAGACCGCGACCCCACCAAGUCACACAGCAGGCGGGGUGCCGGCCACCGCGAGGAACAGCCACCAGCCUGUGGCAAGCCAGGUGGGGACAUCCUUGUCAACGGGACCAAGAAGGCAGAGGGUGCCACUGAAGCCUGCCAGCUUCCAACGUCCUCAGGAGAUGCCGGGAGAGAGACCAAGUCCAGUGCCGAGGAGUCUUCCUUGCAGAGGUUGGAAGAAUUGUUCAGGCGCUACAAGGACGAGCGGGAGGAUGCAAUCUUGGAGGAGGGCAUGGAGCGCUUUUGCAAUGACCUGUGUGUUGACCCCACGGAAUUUCGAGUGCUGCUCUUGGCUUGGAAGUUCCAGGCUGCUACCAUGUGCAAAUUCACCAGGAAGGAGUUUUUUGAUGGCUGCAAAGCAAUAAGUGCGGACAGCAUUGAUGGGAUCUGCGCCCGUUUCCCUAGCCUCUUAACCGAAGCCAAGCAAGAGGAUAAAUUCAAGGAUCUCUACCGGUUUACAUUUCAGUUUGGCCUGGACUCUGAAGAAGGGCAGCGGUCACUGCAUCGAGAAAUAGCCAUUGCCCUGUGGAAACUAGUCUUCACCCAGAACAACCCUCCAGUUUUGGACCAGUGGCUAAACUUCCUAACAGAGAACCCCUCGGGGAUCAAGGGCAUCUCCCGGGAUACUUGGAACAUGUUCCUUAACUUCACUCAGGUGAUUGGCCCUGACCUCAGCAACUACAGUGAAGACGAGGCCUGGCCAAGCCUCUUUGAUACCUUUGUGGAGUGGGAGAUGGAGCGAAGGAAAAGAGAAGGAGAAAGGCGAGGCGCGCUCAGCUCAGGGCCCGAGGGCUUGUGUCCCGAGGAGCAGACUUAGGUGGCUCUGUCGCAGGAGCAGCAGCAAGGGUCUGCCCGCUGCCCCGCAGCCUAAAGAGGAUUUGGACCUUUCUGGAAAUUACUGAAGAUCCGGAUAUUUUCUACUUUACACCUUUCUCUGCCUUGUAUCUGAAAGGGCUCUAAAAUGCUGUAUCAUGUUUUAGGCACUUUCUUCACUUUUCGGUUAUUUUGGUUAUUUCUUUUGGCGGGAGGGGGGAAUGUCACCCCAAAUAUUUGACCCUGGCUACAUGUUGUGUAUCUUUUUUUUUGGAAGCCUUCGGAUAGACUACGCCUACGCCUGCCAUUUC